AUGGUCAACACCACCUGCACCUCCGACCUCAGGCCGGACCUCAGGGAGAAGGUCCUGGUCGGCGCCGCCGUCGAGCGGAAGCUGGACGACCUGUGCCGGCGGUCGCUCGAGGGCCUCGUGGCCUCCCUGGUCUACUUCUUCCCCUACCUCGCCGGAUGGGAGGCCGUGCGCUACCUGCUCCUCGCCGACGCCGACCUCCUCGCCGCCGCCCAUCUCAUCGUGGCGGACCGCGGCAUGAAGGCGGGGUUCUCCCUCACCUCCCACGCGUCGGCCCCGGCGUUCGAGGCGGCGCUCGCGCUCGCCGCGCAGAUCGCGAGGCACCCUCAGCCGGAGCGCCUCGUCCGCGCCUGGAUGUCGCUAUCCUCACGCCUGAACCAAGUCCUUGCUCUGCUCCGUGAGGUGCAGCACCCCUCGCCGCGCGAGAGCGCGGAGCGCUUGAGACAGUUGCUCGGCGAUGAUCCUGGGGUUCCUCCUUGCCUGGCCAUCCCGUGGGCUCUUGCUGCUUGCCGGCCCCUGCGCAUCGAGGGCAUCGCCGACAUGCCCUAUCAGCACACCCGUUCCUUGCGAAUGGUGCUUCUUGACACAAUCCAUGGCUUCUACCUGCAGGCGCUGGCCAGGCUGCCAAGCGGCGAGCUACGCUCUCGCCUCCACCGUAGCCUGCUGAGGGCUGGCUACUGCUAUGGCCCCAUGGACCCUGCCUCAAACAUCAUCCUCGACACCAUUUGGUACGAGGCCAACUUCCCGGCAGAAAUCACCCCGGUGCUUGACGUGAUGGGACCAAAAAGCCUUACCCGCCUUGUAAGCCGCUCCUUUUACGGGCUCGUUUCCUUCCUUCAGACACGCUACCAUAACCUAUCUGAGCACCAGGCUGUGCAAUGCCUGGUCAGCACCUGCGGUCAGCUGCGUGCCGCCGAUCCCAAUUUCUGUGCUCCCGGAGAUGAGAAGGCGCAACAACACAUAUGGUGCUCAGACAGUCCGAUCAUCCUCUGUGGCCCCUUAACAAAAGCGGAGCAGCAAACCCCAUCUGCUGGCAUCCAAGAGGCUUACGAGGCUGCAGCCACUGCGGCAUGGCACCCCAACCCUGAGCAGCAGGCAACCUUCCUCACUUCAUGGGAAGGGGAUCACUAUAGUAUGGGCACGAUCAGCUUGGAAGAAGUGCGGUAUUUAUGCAGUGUGCUCUCUCCAAACCAGCCGCCAAUUCCUGAACGAAUUUGCAGUUCCUCCUACCCUGUGAGAGCUGGAAAGAUGCGCUCCCAGGCCCAGCAGAGAAGGAUAUCGAGAAUGGUGGAAGCUGCGUUGAACAAACACCUGCUGCGUGAUGGGAAACCUGAAUUUGAUCUUCAUAUCAUCUGCUGUUUGAAUGAGAAUGUAUUUGGCCCAGAGUAUUGCAAGGAGCCAGAGGAUGCCCUAUCUUUUGCUCCAUACAAGUACCAGUACUCUCAUGUCAACUUCUUCGUGACUCGGAAGGAUUCUCUGUUCAGUGACUCCUGUCCAAUACUUUUCUUUGCUGAAUUUGAUAAUGAAGAGGAUGAUGGUGCACCACUACUUUGCUGCCAAGUGGAUGAGCCAACACUGAAAGGAUAG